GUCUAAAGCCACACACAACCAUCUACCAAUUUUCCAUAGCCAAUUAACAUGAAAACAUCAACUACCACUAUUGUGUCCCUCUUUAUUACCCUCUUCAUCUCUCCCUCUCUAGCAUCUCUCAUUUCUUCCCCAAAUAACACAUGCAACCUUACACCCUUCCCAUCAUUUUGUUUAUCUAUUCUGCCCUCUCAAUAUUUGUCUAUAGAUGACCAAACCAUUUUCUUCCUUCAACAAUCCUUAACAAUAACUCAAAACAAUAUUCAAUCAAUCUCCUCUUUUUUUAACCAAUCCACCUUUCCAUUUUCCACUUUACUUGUCCUUCAAGAUUGUCUUAAUCUUGCUGAAUUAAACACUGAUUUCUUGUCCAUUGUACUCCAAGCCCUAGAAACCAAUACUACAAUGAGUAGUAAUCAAGCUAAUCAUUUGCAAACAUUGCUUAGUGCUGUUUUAACUAAUCAUCAAACAUGUUUAGAUGGUUUUCCUGAGGUAAAUCCUUUUCCAAAAAUUAGCACUACCUUAUCAAACUCUCUUUCUGAUGUGAACAAACUUUAUAAGAUAACUCUUCAGUUUUUCACUCUACGUCGGACUCAAACCAUCAUUGCAAGAUUAACAAAUCAAAUUACAAUUACAACAAAUAAUAGAAAGUUGUUACAGACAAGUGUUGACAAUGUAAUGGUGAGACAAAAAGUGGUUGUCAACCCUGAUGGAUCUGGUGAUUUUAUCACUAUAAAUGAUGCCGUGGAUGCUGCACCUACCAAAACAGGCAACAAUGGGUACCAUGUAAUCUAUGUGGUUGCUGGGAUUUAUAGCGAGUAUAUUUCUAUUCCUAAGAGUAAAGAGAAUCUAAUGAUCGUUGGAGAUGGCAUUGGUCGGACUAUCAUCACCGGUAAUCGUAGCGUGGUUGAUGGUUGGACCACUUUCCAAUCCGCAACUUUUGCUGUAACCGGAAAAGGGUUUGUAGCGGUGAACAUAACAUUUCGUAACACCGCGGGAUCCAACAAGCAUCAAGCAGUUGCAGUGAGAAAUGGAGCUGACAUGUCAGUUUUCUACAAAUGUAGCUUUGAAGGUUACCAAGACACACUAUACGCACAUUCCCUUCGACAAUUCUACAAAAACUGCGACAUUUAUGGAACAGUAGAUUUCAUAUUUGGCAAUGCAGCUGCAAUAUUCCAAAACUGUAACAUCCAUCCAAGACUCCCAAUGCAAAAUCAAUUCAAUGCAAUUACAGCACAAGGAAGAACAGAUCCUAACCAAAACACAGGGUUCUCUAUAUGGAAUUGUUACAUUGUAGCAGCUAGUGAAUUGGGUGGUGCAAAUAAUAAUUAUAAUGACAUAAAGACAUAUUUGGGUAGGCCUUGGAAAGAGUAUUCAAGGACAAUUUAUAUGCAAAGUUUUAUUGAUGGUUUAAUUGAUCCUAAGGGGUGGAUGGAAUGGUUAGGGGAUUUUGCAUUAAGCACAUUGUAUUAUGCAGAGUAUGCUAAUUGGGGACAAGGUUCAAAUACUAGUAAUAGGGUCACAUGGAAAGGGUACCAUCAAAUUGAUGGAAAAGAUGCUGAUGAAUUUACAGUUAACAAAUUUAUACAAGGUGACAUGUGGUUGCCUAUGACUGGAGUGCCUUUCAGAGCAGGGUUUCAGUGAUUAUAUAUUUCUUCACCUUGAUACUCAUUCAUUUAAAAUGUGGUUUCAACUGAAAAAUGCAAUGCAAUAUCAAGUGAAAAAUCAAUUCAUUUGAAAGUUGAAAGUUGGCAAGAGAAAAAAUAAAAAUUUAGUUUUUCUUUUUAUA